UUAAAUCAUCGGAUAGUAUUAGCACCGAUGACCCGUCUACGAAAUACCGAAGAUGGCAUUCCGUUAGCUCACUGUGUGGAAUACUAUAAGCAACGUACUACAAAGAAUGGUUUAUUGAUUUCUGAAGCCACUAUGAUUUCUCCUGACAGUGACGGUUACUCUUUUGCGCCUGGUCUUUAUAAUGACGCUCAAAUCGAUGGCUGGAAAAGUGUUGUAAAUGCAGUGCAUGGAAAAGGUGGUAUCAUAUUCAAUCAACUUUGGCAUAUUGGGCGCGCUGGAGCCACAAACCCUAUAUCAGCGUCGGCUAUACCUAUUCGAGGGACUAAUAUGCUUGGUGGAGAACAUUUAAUUCCAAUUCACUUUUCAGGCGUAGAAAUACACGCUGCCAACGGUUACCUUAUAGAUCAAUUUAUUAAUAGCUCCAGCAAUGUUCGAACAGAUGAAUAUGGUGGAUCGAUUGAAAACCGUGCUCGUUUCGCUCUGGAGGUUAUCGAUGCUGUUGUCGAAGCAGUUGGUGCCAAAAAUGUCGCCAUACGUUUAUCUCCAUGGUCUGAGUUUCUGGAUGUCAGAGAUGCCACACCUGUAGCUACAUGGUCUUACAUUACUCAAAAAUUGCAACAGAUCCAUCCUGAUUUGGCUUAUAUUCACUUCAUCGAAGCUAGAAUGUCCGGAUUAAGUGAUGUCGACGUAGAACCUGAAGAAUCGUUAAAUCCAUUUCGUGAUAUAUGGAAAGGACCUUUCAUAAAUUGUGGUGGAUAUAAUCGGAAUAAAGCUAUUCAAACAUGCGAGCAAAGGGAAAAUAGCUUAGUAGCAUUUGGCCGCGUCUUUAUAGCGAAUCCUGAUUUGGUGGAACGUUUGCGACAUGAUCUACCUAUGAACAAAUAUAACCGGCCUACCUUCUAUACUCAAGGAACAGACGGGUACAUUGAUUACCCAUUUUACUCCGAUACUGAGGCUUAUUAACAUCAGUAGAGUGCAAUUUUUACUUCUACCAAUGCGAAUAGGACACGUUAGAAAUAAAGCAAAAGG